AUGGCAACCGUACUACGACGAACUCCCGCAUUGCACGUGUUCCGAUUCUUGUGCGUAAAUGGAUUCGAGCGCGAAGUAAGAGAGGUCCAGCGUGAUUACGAGGUGUUUUGUACGAAUAAAACACUCAGAUAUACGGUGAGUAAAGCGUCCUUGUCACCAGUCGCCCAAUUCAGAUCGUCUCCAACAACUUUUUGCACCAUUUCCUCUCGAUCCACCGGCUGGAAAACAUCCUUGUGGUGGCGCGCGCCUACUACAUCAACGUCAAGUUUUACGACCCCAAACUGAAACCCAACUUUCAGCGCCUGAGUUAUACAUUCCCCAGUGUGCAGGUCUUUCACGCCUUUCUUCGCCUCGUUUUUCUACCCGUUGCAAAGCAGGUUGAGCUGUGGGGUGUUGAACGGGUUGAUAAGAGGUUUGUGGAGGUUUGCAAGGACACUGUGGCAAGUAAGUUUUUUUAAAGAGCUCUGCAGGCGAAUCGGCGCCAAACCGGUCAAACCCGGAGAGCACAACGAAGGGAGGUCUUGAUUAACUAGGGAAGUACCCCAAGUGCGACCCUCAGAUUUUGCUUAAAUUUUGCACACACUACAUAGGCCAUAUAUCAAAUCAUGAAGGUUUUAGUUCACGGCCGCAGCUGAGAUAUUGAACCAUCUUUGCGGCUGCACACGACAGGAAAAAACCUUUUGGCCAUAACUUUGCUGGUUUCCGGCGGAAAAAAUUACUUGCUGUGGAAGCAUUGCCCCUUACGGUAGAAAGUGUUAUGUAACCUUUCAUGAUAAAGUUCGGAAAAAUACUGUAAUUUUUUGCCAACUUUCGACCACAAAAUCUUCACGAAAAUGCGAGCUAAUAUAAGACCCGCAAAUGUCUUAGAAAAAAAUUAUACUAAGUUUGUGCCAAAUUCCAUCAAAGUCUGCGCGUCGCACUUGAGUAGUUCAGAGGUAAGCCACAUGGAGAAACAUUAAGUCCACUUGAAACUUUUAGAGUAUCCACAUAUACGAUUUCAUGUCGUACUGAACGAGGAUGCGGAUGAAUGCCGCACUGUGUUGGAUGUUUUGAAAAGCCAGGUGGUCUCAAUGUUCAGCCGUCGUCCAUCCUUUCUUUUCCAAAUGCAUGGGGCACCGUUGCGGCGCCUGGACCUAUCAGGGAUGAAAUGUGAGUUGGAACGACACUUUACGCCUUCUUUUAGACGUCUACCCCUUUUUCGCGAUGAAUGUAAAGCAUGUGAAGAUGGGACUUGCCACAUUUUUACAUACCAGGUGGGCCUGAUGAUGCUGUUGUGGCGGUCAUUUCACGACGAUUUCGUUACACUUUGUCCCACGCUGUAUUUACAUAUACAGGGUGUUUGAAGAAAUUUCGGAAAAAUUUUUUGCGUAUAUCUUUGUGAUCUUUGCAGCUAUCCAAGAAGUUUAAAGCGUAUUUAAAAUUCGAAGUUGUGUGUUUUUAGAAUAUGCGAAAGAAUUUCUUCUUGCCUCGGCGGAGAGAUUUGAUGCCUCUUUUGAAAAUUACACCUCGUUACAAAGCCCAGACUUCUCUACUACAGAUGAAAUUAGGUUUACCUCAUCUGGCAGGACGUAAUCUGUUUGUCUCGGUAGCUUUGCGGAUGCUUCACACAUCGGCGAAGGCUCGGCGGAGACUUUAAUAUCUCCGCCAAAAAAUGGUCUCUCCGCCGAGACAACGAAAAUUUUUUUUCCAUAUUCUACUAAAAAGGCAUGACUUUUUUUCGAAUUUUUAAAUACGCCUUAAACUUCUUGGAUAACUGCAAAGAGCACAAAGAUGUAAGCGAAAAAUUUGUCCAAAAUUUCUUCAAACACCCUGUAUAUAAAGGAAAUUUGCAGAUGGCCACAAAACCCGUCCGUUGAGAGACUGAUCUUUAAGCCAAGCCCAAUUCAACGUCAUCGGCAGCCCGGCGAAGCGUUUUCUGAGAUCAAGAGGUGCUUCCCCAACCUAAAGUUGAUAGUCAUCAAGCAAUUGACGUACUUGCCGGCUGAGGAACAGACGGUCGAUGUAAGUGGACAAGCGGGGUGAUGUGCUGGAUGUGAUAGCCACGGGUUUCCUUACGUUACGAGGGGAAGUACCCCAAGUGCGACACUCAGAUUUUGAUGAAACUGGGUACAAAUUGAGAAAAACGUUUUCUAAGUUAUGCACUACUCCACGAAAUGAUAGACGCACCCAAUUUUUAGCAAUUAUCUUCCUUAUACUGAAUGAUAUCCAAAAAUGUUCAACAGAUGAAAUGUGGCAAAUUAAACGAGAAAUCAUGUCCCGUAGCAAUUUUGGAACAAAAUUUUGUCUUGAAUGAGAUGUUGCAUUUUUUUGGGGUCCACAAAAUGUUAGAUGCACUUGAGUAAUUUCUGUUUUUCUUUGUAUAUUUAAAAGAACUUCGACUCAACCUGCUUGUAUUGCACUUCCUCGUGUUCUCUGUAGUAUUAAAAGGGUAUUACAUUCAUAUCCGCCGCACUUCAUCCACGCAUUAGCUACUUGUUGAAGAUGAUAUGCCAAUAAAUACUCGAGAUCUUUGAACAAGCUGCUUUUUUCCCAUUAGGGAGAUCUACACGUAUAAUCUAAUAGUAUUAGCUUGUUUCUUGCCCAAGAAAACAGCCCAACCAAAUUUUUUUUUUCAAAACGAAUGUUUACCUCAUGUACAAGGUCGGAGAUGGCCCAUAAGGCUAAUCCGUGGAUGAAGUACGGCGGAUAUGAAUGUAAUACCCUUUUAAUACUACAGAGAACACGAGGAAGUGCAAUACAAGCAGGUUGAGUCGAAAUUCUUUUAAAUAUACAAAGAAAAACAGAAAUUACUCAAGUGCAUCUAACAUUUUGUGGACCCCAAAAAAAUGCCACAUCUCAUUCAAGACAAAAUUUUGGGGGCUUCGGUAGUUCAGCCCCCCACGAAAGGUAGUUCAAACCCCCACUGUUUUGCCCGUUUCACACCCCACAUAAUGAACAAAUUAGAAUAAUACAAAAAAUGUAAGUGGGGGUUUGAUCUACUACGUUGGGGGUUUGAUCUAAAACGUAGGGGGCUUGACCUAAAACGUAGGGGGCUUUUUCUAAAACGGAGGGGGCUUCAUCUAAAACGUAGGUGGCUUGAUCUAAAACGUAGGGGGCUUGUGCUGGACCAUACAACUUGGAUUAAUUCUUUGAAAUAAAUUUUGGGGUUGAGAAUGGACGAGGGGGGUUGUACUGGGUCAUGGGGGGCUAAACUGGACUGGGGGGCUGUACUACCUUAGCCCCAAAUUUUGUUCCAAAAUUGCUACGGGACAUAAUUUCUCGUUUAAUUUUCCAUAUUUCAUCUGUUGAACAUUUUUGGAUAUCAUUCAGUAUAAGGAAGAUAAUUGCUAAAAAUUGGGUGCGUCUAUCAUUUCGUGGAGUAGUGCAUAACUUAGAAAACGUUUUUCUCAAUUUGUACCCAGUUUCAUCAAAAUCUGAGUGGCCUUCGUGUUGCAAAUAGCGGCCAUGUUCUGCUUUUUGAAAAUACCUUUUUAUUCCACGAUAACUGUCAGAAAGCCAAUUAGCCUCCAAGCCACUCUAUAAAAAAUAUAAAAUACAUUAAAUCAAGGUUUAAAGCAAAACUCAAAAUUUUCAUAAAUUAUGCUGUGCGGAUAUAGUCCCAAUGCGAAGAUCUGAGUGCCCUUCUACAAUUAUGCGACCACAUUAAAUAUUUUAGAACGCUUACACACCGAUAACAUAUAGAACCGAAACCAAAAAAUUAUUUUUUUUGCAAAUUUGACCGUAAUUUUUGGCUCAAUAAGCAUUUUUUUCAUUUUGGGUCCAUCGAUGAAAAUCAGUAUGCCAUUGGCAUUCUGAUUCCUUGCAUCAUCCAAAAAUACUAAAUUCGUGGAUAUCCUGCAUAAGGCUGUUCCAAACUUUUGACGCACCUAUCUUUUUAAAUUUUUUAAACUCCAACGAGCUUUCUGAUGUUGAUGGCUAUGUAUUCAUUGAGGUUCUUAAUACAUGGAGCUUCUGAUAAAAAAGAAAUGAAAUUCCCAUCUCAAGCCGCAAAGAAGAUCUAGCCUGUUCCAAACUUUUGACGCGCAGUAUAUGUCUAGGCCUGUAGCGCCAUACCCCAUAGAAGUACUUUCCUUGUAAAGAAGAUCUGAGCAUCGCGCUUUGAGCACCCUCCUUAUUAGCCGCUGUUGAAAAUGGUUUCUUUUUUACAGGAGUUUCUGGACUACAUCCGAACAUUGCUUCCUCAUUGGCUCCAACUCAUCGGAUUUUCCCAAAGCGUCGCGAAUGUUCGCUUUUGUUUCGAGUUCUAUCCGCCCGGCGUCCAGCCACAGUUCGCCAUCCCGUUGGAGCGGUUGUUCGACGAGGAGUUGGGGAAACGGGGAGCCCGACGCAUCAAGGCCCACAGCUAUCAGACCGGGAAUUCGGGGAUAGAACUGCGAGUUGGAACUUAUUCACACAGAUUGUCGCGAUUCUCAGAUUUCGAAUAA